AACAAGGCUAGAGAAAAGCUCAACCAGGCCACAAUAACCUCAAAUUUGGACAGUGAACAGGAAGCGCAAACAGUCAGGAAGGUUAUUGCUCCAGCACGGUACCUCGACUCUGAUACAGAUAUAGAUCAGCCCCCAGCCAAGAAACUUAAAACAUCUGUCAAAAUGAACCACACUCAUCAAGUACCACAGAUGCCAACAAUGCCUUCCUUUACUCCAUCAAUGGAUUUGUUUUCAGUUAGUCACAACCAGAAUAGCUCAACUUUGCCCAUGAAUUUGGAUGUAACUCCAACCAGAGCUGUGUUGCAGAGUGGUCAAGAUGAUGCUGUACCAGCCUAUGUGAGGGCCAUCUUUAUGAGACUGGACAAAAUUGAAGAGUCUUUAGCAGCCAUUCAGUCAAUUUUGUCUAAAGACAUGAUUUGUAAUGAGCGUGAAAUAGAGGAGUUCACCAGGCCACUGCAGUCUUCUAGGCAACUGGAAGAAGCUUCUGACAAGCUGAAGGAUACCGCCUACAGAAAAAAAGUGGUUGAUUAUCUGGCUUUGCUUGGGGGUAAAACUCCUGGUGACUCUGUAAGGCGAAUGAUGAGGAAAAUUGGAACAAAUGCCCUUUGGGCCACCUACAGUUUGAAGGGCCGCAGGGGCAAAAAGAAGUUUCAGGACCUAAUAAUGCAUUCCGUCAUAAUCCAAGCCUGCCACAAGAUACACCCCACAACUUUGCAGACUACGGUAGAAGGCUGCAUUGCUGAUACUUUAAGAUAUGCCCCUCACAGAAGCACUCAGGUGGAUGAUGGAGAACCACAAGAGGGGAGUGGGCCAGAGGCCAGUUCUGCUGGCUCUUAAUUUAUCAGUUUAUUUAAGUUUAAUUAGACCUUUUCAAUGUUGGUUGUUUUUUUUAAAGGUUAAAUUGUUUUAGUUCUUUCAUUUACUCAAGUUUUAUUGUUGACAUGUCGAUUUUGUAAUAUAAAAAAGAUGUUAAUGAUUGUUUCUUUAUGGUUAAAUUAUGUUUUAGUUCGUAGUAGUUUUUUUAUUCUGUUGUAUUGCCUAUUUUAUUUUAAAGGACAAAAAUGUUACUAUUAAAGUCAUUUUUGAUUCUAACAAAUUUUAGUGUGUCAUGUUAUUACAUUCUGGAAACAAAAU